AUGAGGGGCGAGAAUGUGACCAAGGUGAGCACAUUUAUCUUACUCGGCUUCCCCACGGCACCGAGGCUGCAGUACGUGCUCUUCCUCCUCUUCUUGCUCACCUACCUCUUCAUCUUGCUGGAGAACCUAGCUAUCAUUCUCACCGUCUGGAGCAGCUCUGUGCUCCACAGGCCCAUGUACUACUUCCUGGGUAUCAUGUCAGUCAUUGAGAUCUGGUAUGUGUGUGACAUCAUCCCCAAGAUGCUGGAUGGCUUCCUGCUGCAGCGGAAGCGCAUCUCCUUUGUGGGCUGCAUGACACAGCUCUACUUCUUCAGCUCUCUGGUGUGCACUGAGUGCGUGCUCCUGGCCUCCAUGGCCUAUGACCGCUAUGUGGCCAUCUGCCACCCACUGCGCUACCAAGUCAUCAUGACCACAGGACUCUGUGUGCAGCUGGUACUCUUCUCUUUUACCAGUGGCUUUUCCAUCUCUGUGAUCAAGGUGUACUUCAUCUCCAGUGCCACAUUCUGUGGCUCCAACGUCCUGAACCACUUUUUCUGUGACAUUUCCCCCAUCCUCAAACUGGCCUGCACAGAUUUCUCCACUGCAGAACUGGUGGACUUCAUCCUGGCCUUCAUCAUCCUGGUGUUCCCUCUCAUUGCCACCAUCCUCUCCUAUGGGCAUAUCACACUGGCUGUCCUACGCAUCCCGUCGGCCUCUGGCCGCUGGAAAGCCUUCUCCACCUGUGCCUCCCACCUCACGGUGGUCACCAUCUUCUACACAGCCCUGCUGUUCAUGUACGUGCGGCCCCAGGCCAUCGAUACUCGGAGCUCCAACAAACUCAUCUCUGUCUUGUACACUGUCCUCACCCCUAUCUUGAACCCACUGAUCUACUGUCUGCGGAACCAAGAGUUUAAGGGUGCCUUGAAAAAAACUCUGGGCUUGGGUCCGCCUGCACAUUAG